AUGAAAUCUAGGUUAAGAAGUCUUCCAUUCUAUGUGGCGUGCCCUAAUAUGGAUGAUAAUUUUGAGAAGAUUUCUUCUUUUUUUACCCCAGAAUAUACAAGAGAUGGGGAUGUCAUAUUUGAUGGCCUGGAACACUCUAAAGAUAGUAAUGCGAUCGAGAUUGCCCGGAAAUAUGAGAUGAAGCUUGUUUUCCAAGAUGCCAGCUCCAUAUUUUUUUCAACUCAUUAUCAAAGUUUUACCUAUUUUCUUAACUCUGCAAGAAAAAUGACACUGAUCACUACUUCAGUUGAGUUUCCAAUCAUCAGCGAAAGAUUUUCUAUAAAAAUUGAUGAAAAUCCCUUUGCUUUCCAUUUAAUUGAAGAUUUGCAAGAUUUGUCAUUACUAAAUGAUACAUUAUUGGAAAUUCCGAAAGAAUUGGAAUGCUUGAUAAAUUUAAAGUCUUUGGAGGUCAUUGGAAAUUUUAAACUUAAAAAAAUUGAUAAUUUGCAAAAAUUAUCCAAACUUACAAACCUCAACUUAUCGUGCAACAGGAUUAAUUCACUCAAUCUAGGCCGAAACCAAAUUUCAGAAAUCACAGGGUCAAAUUAUCCUAGCCUUAGAGUAUUGGAUCUUUCUCAUAACUUCCUUGAAUCCUUCGAUGAGAUCCAUAGUAUUCCUUCUCUUAUUUCAAUUGAUGUCACAUAUAAUCAAAUUUCAGAUAUUUCAAAAUUGAAUCAUCCAAAUCUCCGAAGAUUAAGUAUAGGAUGUAAUCCUCUUAGAGAUUUCAGUCCUUUGAUCUACUUACCUGAUUUAGAGGUCUUGGAUUUAUAUAAGCCCUUUUUUAAUUCUUUUGACCAAUUAAGUUUCAUAAGGAGCUUAAAAUACUUGAAAUAUUUAAACCUCUUCUCAACCCAAAUUGAAAAUUUUGAAACAUUUGGAAUGCGGAAUUUAUUUCCAGCACUUAAAAUUCAAAAAUAUAACGAUUUCCUAAAAAGACAAGUUGAUAUGGUUUUUGGAGAUAACGAAGAGUUGAUCAUUUCUUGCCGUCUUGGAGAAGGCUCAAAAUCUCACUUGUUCAGUAAACUCUUGACGAGACCUCAUUUUAAACCACGAAAUGGUUUUUCAUAA